UUUAAUUCUGAUCUGAAAUAAGUCUCUGACCCAAUGCUAAGAUUUGCAACUGGAUUUUGCAAAGCUGCUGCUAACAAUUAGAAAUCCUUUAUCACCUCAGCCUGGAGCCCCUUGUACCUUGCUCUCCUCCCUCAGGAUCCCUUCAGGAUCUUCUCCAGGGUCAUACAUCUCCUCCAAGGCUCUGCAAAAGAAAUACUUCGUCUUCUAGAUGCCUUCUUGAGCCUGAUUGUGGCCACCCACAGACACUUGUAAGGAGAAGAGAAGUCAGCAUAGCAGAGACUCUCUGAAAUUAGGAAAUAGAGGCUGGGAUCCAAGGAGCAAGAGCUGCAGCCAGAACACAAGAAGGCAAGCCCUGAAGACACUUCUAUUGAGAGGUCUGCCAUGGCCUCUCUUGGCACCCAACUUAUAGGCUAUAUCCUGGGCCUUCUGGGACUGUUAGGCACCCUGGUGGCCAUGCUGCUUCCCAGCUGGCGAACAAGUUCUUAUGUCGGUGCUAGCAUUGUGACGGCAGUCGGCUUCUCCAAGGGCCUCUGGAUGGAGUGUGCCACACACAGCACAGGCAUCACCCAGUGUGACAUCUACAGCACUCUUCUAGGCCUGCCCCCUGACAUCCAGGCUGCCCAGGCCAUGAUGGUGACGUCCAGUGCAAUCUCCUCGUUGGCCUGCAUUAUCUCUGUGGUGGGCAUGAGAUGCACAGUCUUCUGCCAGGAUUCCCGAGCCAAGGACAGAGUGGCGAUAGUGGGUGGAGUCUUCUUCAUCCUUGGAGGCCUCCUGAGCUUCAUCCCUGUUGCUUGGAAUCUUCAUGGGAUCUUGCGGGACUUCUACUCCCCACUGGUGCCUGACAGCAUGAAAUUUGAAAUCGGAGAGGCCCUUUACUUGGGCAUUAUUUCCUCUCUGUUCUCCCUGGUAGCUGGAGUCAUCCUCUCCUUUUCCUGCUCACCCCAGGGAAAUCGCCCCAACUACUAUGAUGCCUACCAGGCCCAGCCCCUCGCCACUAGGAGCUCUCCAACAUCUGGUCAACCGCCUAAAGUCAAGAAUGAGUUUAACUCCUACAGCCUGACAGGGUAUGUGUGAAGAACCAGGGGCUAGAGCUGGGGGUGGUGGUGGCUGGGUCUGUAAAAAACAGUGGACAGCCCCCCCACAGGACCACAGGUGAGAGACAUUGCUGCUGGAUCAUGUCAGAAGGUGGUGCUGAGGAUAGACUGACUUUGGCCAUGGGAUCAAGAGAAUGCAAAAAUGAAUUCUGGUGUGACAGUGUCCAGGUUGAACUGUCAAUAUGCUUACCAAGCCAGUCUUUCUGUUUCCUUCACCUUAGUUCCCAACCCUACACCCUGAAUCCCCCAACUCUCAACUCCAAAUCCACCCCCUACUCUAGGCCAGACUCCACAGAUCCAAUCUGCCUUUUGGUUUACCUGGCAAUCCAUUCAUAAACCCACUGAUCGCAUCCCACGGACUGACCCUCUGGCUGAGGUUGACUCUCAGCUCAUUGCUGGGGUUGAGGAAAGAAAGAGUGGUGGCUUUUAUGAAGAUGGUUCAAAUCCUCCUCCUCAAGCUUCCCUCCAAAUAAACUGACUGGCCACUAAUGGGCCCUGGAGAGUCCAUCCCACUCUUGUUAUGACUCUACAGAGUUCAGACUGAUUUGUGCAUGAACAGAAAUAGAGCCAUCACACUGUACAGAGGGAACAGAGAACAACUGGAUGCAGGAUGACAGGGAAGGAAGGUAGCUGAGGACCCAAAAGACCAGAGCCACUGCCCAGAGAAAUUCCAGAAUUUCCUCACACUUGUGGGUUAGGGAUCUAGCCCACAGCUAGAGGAAAACAAGGAAAGAAGAUAUGAAGUAAAACUCCACUCCAGGCAGCAGCAGACUCUUACUCCAUUGAGGAACUGCCUCAGAAGCUGCAGCUCCAACUUUCACUGAAGUUUCUGCCUCCCUCUGAGGCACCUGACCUGGCCUCCUGCUAAAUAACAAGGCUAAGGGCCCCACACAAUGGUUUCCUUAGAAAUGGGAAAGUAAUUUUUCUAGAGAUGGCCCUUGACUGGAAGAUGAGAGUGUGGGAGCUGUGGGGGACUGUGAAAGAUAUCUUUCCUUGACACUGGCGCCCAAGAAAGAAUAAGAACUUUGAUAUCUAAGAAGCUAAGUAGACAUGUGUGCUUCUCCAGUAGAUGUUUCUAUUGGGCCAGAGAGAGUCAGCCUCCCAGAGAGUCUUCAAACC